UGCGGAGGAAUCUCCCUGGGGCGGAGGCCUGCUAUGACUAUAUAAAGAAGCGCCGGGUGUGGUGCAGGGACGUCCGUCGAGAUCGGUGUUCGUUUCCCUUUCUGUUUGCGUUCUCUGUUUCCACAGCCGCUUGACAAUGCAGAUCUUUGUGAAAACCUUAACGGGUAAAACCAUCACCCUUGAGGUAGAGCCCAGUGACACCAUCGAGAAUGUCAAGGCAAAGAUCCAAGACAAGGAAGGCAUCCCUCCUGACCAGCAGAGGCUGAUCUUUGCCGGGAAACAGCUGGAAGACGGACGUACCCUGUCUGACUACAACAUCCAGAAGGAGUCCACUCUGCACCUGGUUCUCCGUCUGAGAGGGGGAAUGCAGAUCUUCGUGAAGACCUUGACCGGUAAGACCAUUACCCUUGAAGUAGAGCCCAGCGACACCAUUGAGAAUGUCAAGGCAAAGAUCCAAGACAAGGAGGGCAUUCCUCCUGACCAGCAGAGGCUGAUCUUUGCCGGGAAACAGCUGGAAGAUGGACGUACUUUGUCUGACUACAACAUCCAGAAGGAGUCCACUCUGCACCUGGUUCUCCGUCUGAGAGGGGGAAUGCAGAUCUUCGUGAAGACCUUGACCGGUAAGACCAUCACCCUUGAAGUAGAGCCCAGCGACACCAUUGAGAAUGUCAAGGCAAAGAUCCAAGACAAGGAAGGCAUCCCUCCUGACCAGCAGAGGUUGAUCUUUGCCGGGAAACAGCUGGAAGACGGACGUACCCUGUCUGACUACAACAUCCAGAAGGAGUCCACUCUGCACCUGGUUCUCCGUCUGAGAGGGGGAAUGCAGAUCUUCGUGAAGACCUUGACCGGUAAGACCAUCACCCUUGAAGUAGAGCCCAGCGACACCAUUGAGAAUGUCAAGGCAAAGAUCCAAGACAAGGAAGGCAUCCCUCCUGACCAGCAGAGGUUGAUCUUUGCCGGGAAACAGCUGGAAGAUGGACGUACCCUGUCUGACUACAACAUCCAGAAGGAGUCCACUCUGCACCUGGUCCUUCGUCUGAGAGGGGGAAUGCAGAUCUUCGUGAAGACCUUGACUGGGAAGACCAUCACCCUUGAGGUAGAGCCCAGCGACACCAUUGAGAAUGUCAAGGCAAAGAUCCAAGACAAGGAAGGCAUCCCUCCUGACCAGCAGAGGCUGAUUUUUGCUGGGAAACAGCUGGAAGAUGGACGUACUUUGUCUGACUACAACAUCCAGAAAGAGUCUACUCUGCACCUGGUUCUCCGUCUGAGAGGGGGAAUGCAGAUCUUCGUGAAGACCUUGACCGGUAAGACCAUCACCCUUGAGGUAGAGCCCAGUGACACCAUCGAGAAUGUCAAGGCAAAGAUCCAAGACAAGGAAGGCAUCCCUCCUGACCAGCAGAGGCUGAUCUUUGCCGGGAAACAGUUGGAAGACGGACGUACCCUGUCUGACUACAACAUCCAGAAAGAGUCCACUCUGCACCUGGUCCUCCGUCUGAGAGGGGGAAUGCAGAUCUUCGUGAAGACCUUGACUGGGAAGACCAUCACCCUUGAGGUAGAGCCCAGCGACACCAUUGAGAAUGUCAAGGCAAAGAUCCAAGACAAGGAAGGCAUCCCUCCUGACCAGCAGAGAUUGAUCUUUGCUGGGAAACAGCUGGAAGAUGGACGUACCCUGUCAGACUACAACAUCCAGAAGGAAUCCACUCUGCACUUGGUACUUCGGCUCAGAGGUGGAAUGCAGAUCUUUGUGAAGACCUUGACUGGUAAGACAAUCACCCUUGAAGUAGAGCCCAGCGACACCAUUGAGAAUGUCAAGGCAAAGAUCCAAGACAAGGAAGGCAUCCCUCCUGACCAGCAGAGGUUGAUCUUUGCCGGGAAACAGCUGGAAGAUGGACGUACUCUGUCUGACUACAACAUCCAGAAAGAGUCCACUCUGCACCUGGUCCUCCGUCUGAGAGGGGGAAUGCAGAUCUUCGUGAAGACCUUGACUGGGAAGACCAUUACCCUUGAGGUAGAGCCCAGCGACACCAUCGAGAAUGUCAAGGCAAAGAUCCAAGACAAGGAAGGCAUCCCUCCUGACCAGCAGAGGUUGAUCUUUGCCGGGAAACAGCUGGAAGAUGGACGUACUCUGUCUGACUACAACAUCCAGAAAGAGUCCACUCUGCAUCUGGUCCUGCGCUUGAGGGGAGGUGUUUAAGUUGUUCCCCCUUUUCUCUUAAGCUUUCAAGAAAUUUCAUUGCACUUUUCUUUGAAUAAAGUUGUUGCAUUCCAAAA